AAGCCUAAGAAAAUAGAACCUUGGUGUAGAAUGAUUGCUUACCUUAACUUUGCCUUCAUUUGAACUCAAGUAACUAGAUAAUUAUGGAAAACUCUGCCAAUGAUGUAUUUAAAUGUAAAAUGUGCAAACAAGGAAAACAAACGAUGAAAAGGUGUACACGAUGUCGAGAGGCGUAUUACUGCUCACGAGAAUGUCAGGCUAAAGACUGGCCAGUGCACAGGACAAUGUGUUCCCUAACAGGAGAAAACUCAACACCUGACAAGAAACAGGCAGGGAAUUCAGUUAGCGUGCAGUUUACAACUGAUGAUGGUUCUAUAUUUGAACAAAAUCAGACUCCGUCAGAAGAAGACACUUAUUCCCCUGUGAUUGACUUCAAGAAGUAUGCUAAUAGCAAUAGGAAUCCAGUCACCUCUAACAAAGUGAAUCGAGAUAGUUCAAUACAGGGAACAUUUUACAUAGAAAAAGACAGAAUAUGCCGGGAUGUCCCCGUGUUAGACAAAAGCAAAGAAUACACAGACAUAGUGGUUAAAGCCAACAGACAGAAACAGACUAUUGGUAUUCAGGAGAGCUGGGAUGGAGACAAAAUUUAUCGUUUUCUCUCACAUUCUUUACAAAUUCCCCUGGAUAAGCUGAAAGUUAUCCACAAAGGAAAAAUUCUAAAAGCAGACAAUAUUAAGGAAUGUGUUCAAAAGAAGGCCAUUUUUCAAGUGUUUGGUGAAAAGGCAGAAGAUUCCACUGGAGUGGAUGAUAGAGAUAUUGAACUUAUGAUGAAACAACUGAAUGUCAGUCGAAAUGAAGCCAUAUUGGCCCUAAAAGAACACGGGGAUGUUGUUGAUGCCAUGCUUGGAGCUGGACAGAAAUAAUUAUUCAUGAUUUCAAUUCAUGCAUUUAUCAUUAUUUUACCAAUCCAGAACUUUUUAGAUACAGUAUGUAACAUUUUUGUAUCUGUUAAUUUUGAUUUAAAGAAAUUUGCUGCAUUUGCUUUUCCUAAUUAUAAUCUACAAAAGAACAGUAACUGGUUCAAAACUCACCAAAAAUUAGCUAGGUAUGCAGCUUCAGGACUGAUUGGUAAUGAUAGAUAUCAGCCCUGCCAAAGAUGUAUAUAUCAGAAAAUAAUUGUCUUUUUUCAGAAACCAUUUUAUAGGUUUGUAAAUCCAUUAAAGCUAUUAAGUCAUCUGUCUUGCUUGUGUGUAACAAGAGAGAGGGAAAUGCAGACAAGGGUUUGAACCGAGGCCCCUGGAUCUUGAUCCAUUCAGGUGCUCUUACCAACUGAGCUAUCUUACCACUGGUGAUCGAACCUGGCUGACCACCACAUUCCUUCAUCCUGAAAGUGUUCUCCCCCCCCAAAGACAUCAAACCAAGCUCAUCCCUGACAGGCCUCUCUCCUAUCACUUCAAGGGCAUGGCAAGGCACCAAAUGUAAUGGGAGAGGAGAAAAAUUCAGCAGACCAGACUGGGAUUCGAACCUACACCCCGUGAAUCUCUGGUCAGGUGCUCUACCAACUGCGCUAUCUAGCCACUGGCAAGUGAACCCAUCUGACCACUACAUAUGCAGCUGCCAAAGUAGUUCAACAGAUGUCUCAGCCCUGUAUUUCUUUUUAUUGGGUUCACUUUCAAGUGUUUUGUUUAUAUUAUCAUGAUAAAUCUAACUACUACCUGUGAUAUUUGAUGCAUUUUCACUAUUUUGCUUAUGGCACUAAUACAUGUAGAUGUUGCUUUCUUCUUAAUAUUGAGUAUUAAA